AGUACAUUUCUCUAGGACGCUCUCUACCAUAUUGACUGAAGAUGGCAUCUUUCAAUGAGCAGCUUUUGGAGAGCGUGCGGCCCAACUUCUUCGAGCUGGUGGCCAAUGAAGCAAUGCAAGAAGCUCUCAGACCUGCAUUCCAGUACAUAAGCAAGGUACUGGUCCAAAGCAGGCCUGACCUGUUUAACUGGUUGUGGCGAUUCUCAGAUGAGCUCUACACUAUGCUCGAGUCAACGUUGCAACUGUACUUCCUCACCCAUUAUGGUGGGUCAUUCUCUGAGCAGUUCUACAGUUUGAGACGCUCUCCUGCUAAUCUCCAUGGCAAUGAGACACUAGGGAGAAGGAAGAUUGUGCUGUCUCUGUUAUGUUUGUGUGCAGUGCCAUAUCUCAAAGUGAAACUGGACAGAUUAUUCUCAGUGCUGCAGGAGGAGGACGACCAGUUGUCCAUUGGCUGGUGGAGUGGCUCUCUCAAGUACUCCUACUUCUCUCUCUACCCUUACCUCUCUGCACUCUGGCAGAGUGUACAGUUGUUGUUUCGACUGCGGUACCUCUUUGCUCAGACCAGCUACUAUUCCCCGCUGCUCUGGUUGGCUGGUGUGACGCUAAAGAGGCAGUCUGGGUUGCCUAGUGAUGCCGUGUCAGGUGGAUGGAUGAGCAAUGUGAUUGGUUCACUGGCACCGUUGGGAGUGUUUUCUCUAAAAUUUCUUGAGUGGUGGUAUUCUUCUGAGAAGAGUACGGCCGUGAGAAUGAUGACAUCACUUCCUGUUCCACCCCCUCCCAAAUCAAUACAACCUAGUAGUGGUGGUGGUGGUGUCCGUGUUCCUACUAACCCUCUCCUCUGUCCACUCUGUCUUGGGAAGAGGGCAGAGCCAACCACCAUCGCCAGCUCAGGGUAUGUGUUCUGCUAUGCCUGCAUCCUCCACUACCUGAGGGAGAAUCAUUGUUGCCCCAUCACAGCGCUGCCUACCACUGAGAAGCAAAUCAUUAGACUCUUCACUGACGUGUCAUGAAACUUGAUUCUUGUCUAUGUAUUUAUUGAUUAUUUGUGGUUGAGAAUUACAGUUGACGUACUGUUUUAUAAUCAAAAGUGUUACAAAAAGUGUCAAUA